AUGAAGAAUAUCUCAGUGGUGACAGAAUUUCUUCUUUUGGGUUUUUCUGGCCCAUGGAGGCUACAGUUUUUACAAGGUGGGGUUUUUAUAGCAAUUUACCUGGCAGCCUUAACAGGGAAUGGUCUCAUUUUUACCGUCACCUCCUUGGACCCAUGCCUGCACACACCCAUGUACUACUUCUUAAGAAAUCUGGCUCUCUUCGAUCUUUGCCUCAUCUCUGCUGUUGUGCCCAAAACUGUUGCCAACUCCUUCACUCACCGCAACUCCAUCUCAUUCCUCGGCUGUGUUGCCCAGGUCUUUCUGGUGCCUUUUGCAGCAGCUGCAGAACUGUUCCUCCUCACAGUGAUGUCCAUUGACCGAUAUGCUGCCAUCUGUCACCCCCUGCACUAUGAAGCCAUCAUGAACAGGGGCACAUGUGUGCAGAUGGCUGCCUUGACCUGGCUCAGCAGUGGACUGAUAUCGGCUGUAUACACAGCGAGUACCUUUUCUUUAUCUUACUGUGAACUCCACAAGAUCCACCAGUUCUUCUGUGAUAUUCCUCAGCAGUUGGCUAUUUCUUGUUCGGAGCAUAUAGCUGCAGAAAUCGUGCUCAUUCUCAUUAAUGGGGUCCUGGAUAUCUGCUGCUUUAUCUGCAUCAUAAUCUCAUACGUCUACAUCUUCUCCACUGUCAGAAAGAUUCCGUCCACAGAAGGGCAGUCCAAAGCCUAUUCCACUUGCCUCCCACACCUGGCGGUUGUUGCACUUUUUCUUUCCACUGCUUUUGUUGCUUACCUGAAACCUAUUUUAGGGUCUAAGUCAUCCACUGAUCUCAUUCUAUCUGCUUUCUAUGUUGUGUUGCCCCCUUCCCUUAAUCCCAUCAUCUAUAGCCUAAGAAACAAGGCCAUGAAGACAGGUUUAGAGAAACUAAUGGCAAGAAAGCUCUUGACAAAGCAGAAUGUUCUGAUUUUUCUGAAAGAAUAG